AGAGAGGACAAAAACAAUCGGCAUCUCUUUCUCUCUCAAUCCGAACAUAAACAAGAGGACUGGACGUAAACCUGCUUAUCUGUCGCUUUCAAUAUCCGUUAUCGAGAUGGUUUCUCCGGUCACUGUGGUCAAGAGUGAAGGCCCCAAGCUGGUGCCGUUCUUCAAGUCAACCUGUGUUUAUUUCGUCCUGUGGCUGCCAACCUCGAGUCCAUCUUGGUUUAGCGCACUUAUCAAAUGUCUACCCAUCUUCUGCCUAUGGGUGUUUCUCCUGGCACACGGCUUCAGCUUCCUCGGGGCUCACUCCAGCGCUCGCAAGAUCCUGGCUGGACUCAUCUUUUCCGCCCUGGGGGACGCCUUCCUCAUUUGGCAGGAGCAAGGCUACUUCGUCCAUGGUCUUCUGAUGUUUGCCAUCACCCACAUCCUCUACUCAUCUGCGUUUGGGAUGAAGCCCCUCAACGUGUGUGCAGGCCUGGUGAUCACGGCGGUGUCCAGUUUGAGCUACUUUCUCCUCUACCCUUACCUGUCGGGCCCCUUCACCUACCUGGUGGCCGUCUACAUCGCUCUGAUCGGCUUCAUGGGCUGGAGGGCCAUCGCAGGCCUGCAAUUAGCCAACGAUCUGUGGACCUGGACCAAGCUGUCGGCCUGCCUUGGCGCCGUUCUCUUCAUGGUGUCCGACCUCACCAUUGCCGUCAACAAGUUCUGCUUCCCCGUGCCGCACUCACGUGCAAUCAUCAUGGCGACGUAUUACGCCGCUCAGAUGCUGAUAGCGUUGUCAGCUGUGGAAUGCCAGGAUGCGGAGGUCGCCAGGAAGAGGAUAUGAGGACUCGGUGUCUCCGUGGUAUCCUGCUUACGAGCCCCUACAAGGUGGUAGUCGCUUCCCUGGUGAUCAUGGACACAUCUCACUACCACAUCCCUAAGCCUCAGCCCUCAUUUCCAUUGUUACCAUAGCAACUGGAGCACCACAGCCAUGUAUGAUAACCCCACACUUUUUUCUUACCAUGAAGCUGCGGUUGGGUCGUAUUAUCUUCAGCUUCUUCCAGCAACAAUCCGACCUGGUAUUCAAAUGCCUCUUGCAACUGACUGACCAACGAUGUGUGCACGGUAUCGUUAUCCCGCUCUACAAAGUAUUAGGUGUAAUUAUUUUUCGUUUAAGAGGUGCAUGCCACUCUGGACCUUUUUUGACGGGGGGUGCAAAUGUACAUGUGGAUUUACAGUAAGUGUUGCAUUCACGUACGUACAUUACUUUUACCACGUCGUUCCCAGACUUGAGACGCUUAAAAAUCCACUUAAUUUUUUUUUCCAUGCAAUUUCAUAACAUUUCCUUGUCUUUUAGUUAUGUAGCGUCUCAGUCAACCAGGUCUACAACUGUUGAUUUUGUCCUCUCAAAAAAGGGAUUUAUGACAGACUUGCCCGUGUUUGGCUCCGCCCCUUAUGCUAGUCUGUCUUACCCUGUAUUGACGAUGAUAUUUUCGAAGGAAAAGUACACUUUUUGCCCAUCAUUUACAAUUUUACACAUAUUUCUUUCCAUUUUCUGUGCAUUCUAAUGAGAGAAAACAAGUUAAUAUGAGCUACCUAACAAUGUACAUCAUGAGAUCUAUUGUACCUAUUUUGGCGCUAAAGCCCUAACAAACAAAACAAAACAAAAAAAAGCCAACAGUGUUCAAUUUACAUAAGUGACUGUAUAUUAACCAAGCUACGGCGAUAUUGUUAUUAUAGCAACUAACACGAAAAACUAUAUUUAUCUGGCGGUGUAACACAACGCCUUGCUAGCCGCUAGUCUCAGCUAGUAAGGCGUUGUGUUACUGGCCGCUAGUCUCAGCUAGUAAGGCGUUGUGUUACACCGCCAGAUAUAGUUUUUCUAGCCGUUAUCGUAGCAGCUAACAUGAAAAACUACAUCUGGCGGUGUAACACAACACCUUGCUAGCCGCUAGUCUCAGCUAGUAAGGCGUUGUGUUACUGGCCGCUAGUCUCAGCUAGUAAGGCGUUGUGUUACACCGCCAGAUAUAGUUUUUCUAGCCGUUAUCGUAGCAGCUAACAUGAAAAACUACAUCUGGCGGUGUAACACAACGCCUUGCUAGCCGCUAGUCUCAGCUAGUAAGGCGUUGUGUGACACCGCCAGAUAUAGUUUUUCUAGCCGUUAUCGUAGCAGCUAACAUGAAAAACUAUAUCUGGCGGUGUAACACAACGCCUUGCUAGCCGCUAGUCUGAGCUAGUAAGGCGUUGUGUUACACCGCCAGAUAUAGUUUUUCUAGCCGUUAUCGUAGCAGCUAACAUGAAAAACUAUAUCUGGCGGUGUAACACAACACCUUGCUAGUCGCUAGUCUCAGCUAGCAACGCUACUUAGCUCUCGAUUUCGCUACAAAGACUCAAAAAAGAUGUUUGUUUGCUGUCAGUUUUGUGCUGGAAGACACAGCCAUCUCAACGAGAGCCGAUAUUGCAAGUGACUGUCUUGUUUUUGUGCUGCUGUUGUUCUCGGAAGUAGUGUUAGCUCCUGGGCUAAAUCAGUGUACCCCAGGAAGAAUGUUUUAAAUCAACAAAUUGCGGCAAGAUUACAGUAUUAGCAUAAUUUUAUCAUCAAUGUAUGCAUUAUCAGAGGAUAUAUAUCAAAUAAUAAUUUUUUUUAGAGGGCUUUGUAGUCAAAACAGGUUCAUAUGUCCCAAUGAUAUGCAUUGUUAGCUAGCUCAUAUACAGCUCAUAAGGAUUGCAAAUGAUGGGGAAAAUUCCCCCCAAAAAGUGCUGUCAGGAGCUGUUGAAUUAGCUGUAGUCCCUUCCGUUCCACGCACAAACAACCAUAUUGCUUUGUUUGGUCCGUUAUUGAAGUUAUUCAACAACCUCAGCAACACAUCGGACUAAGUUCUUUCUAGCCACUGAAAAACUAGAAAUGAAGCAUAGAGGUGGGAAGGCAGAAGGCAGGAAAUUGACAUGACUGAAUCAGCCACUUUUGUGAUUGAGUACUAGUAUAUCGUGAGGCGAGUACUGGUUUUGCUUGGGGAAGGUAGGGUUUUUAUCAAUUUGCUGUAUUGCAAAGUGUUGUUCUUACUCUUCCUUGGAUUCAAUUCUUUCGAACUGAACGAUUGAAGCGAAUGAAUGAGUCGAAACAGACCCGCAAAUGUGGGCAUUGCACAUUAUGAGAGGAAGUCCAUGGCGUUAUUGGAAGUGAUCAGGCAGUCCAUGCUCUCAUAGGUAAAUAUUUUGAAUGUUGACUGAAAUUGAUAUUGCUGGAACUGGUACAGUUGUACCGAGGAAUGAAAACCAAGACCGCUUUGGUUGGGGUUUUGGUCGUGAACAGGAUAAUGCAAAACGUUGUUGUGGUGUGGCACAUGGGACAAUGGCUGUGUUCGAAACCGCAUACUAAGUACUACAUACUGUCCACACUCUACUGCAAACUCAAUCCAUCAGACAUCAGACUUUCGCUCUAAACUCUUUAAAUACAUCACUUUAUUGAGAUUUUUUUUUUUAAUCAGGCAAGAAAUUCUCGAAAUACUCGUUUAGAUCCCGAGUUUGCCAUUUAUUUGUCCAAAUACCAACCGUUUACAAUUUCGUUCGGACGAAAUCGUCAAAAUUUAAGCUAGCUAAAGUGAGCAGGUUUUUUUUUCACAAAAUAAAACACCCUCUUACUUUUCUCAUACAAAAAAAACAUAGUGAUAAAUCAGUGCUUUUACUUUGAAAACAAGAAGCGAACCAACUCGCAAUAUAUCCUACUUGACACCGCCGUUUUGGUCCAUCCUGCUGCUCAGUGUUCAGCCAACGUUUUUUUUUUUUUUGUGUGAGUAGUACAUUUCUGGCGAAUGCAGUAUACAUCCGAAAACUUCUUGCAUACUCAAAAAUCGCAAAAAGUAAAAAUGAGUAGUAGGUAAGUAUGCCGUUUCGAACACAGCCAUGGUGUGGAUUGUGAUGUCAUACUUCCUCUACCAGGAAGUAGCCUGCUAACUAACAAAUUAAUAGUUUUUUUGCUUUUGUUAGUACAGUAAACCUCGGAUAUAUCGGAUUCAAUUGUUCCCACUGGUUUUGUCCGAUAUAAGCGAAAUCCGUUAUAUGCGUGUACCGGAAAAUGUCCGUUUUACGCAUAUAUCGGAUUUAUAUCCGGUAUAUGCGUAAAUGGGAUUUUAUCCGUUAUAAAAAGGCACUUCCUUGACUAUGUUUCCAAUGUACCUGGACGCGCAGGCAACGCUGCAAACGCUGCAAAUGACGUCGUAUAGCGGCCUGUCACGAUUCGGCGAAUCGGAGCGCCACGAUGCGGCCAUCCGAUAUAUGCCAGGGAAAUUUCAUGGAAAUGCAUUGGAACGGGACUGGAGAUUUUGUCGGAAAUAGGCGAAAUCCGCUAUAAAAAAUCCGAUAUAUGCAAUGAAUUUUUAUUGGAAAUGCAUUACAGAAAAAUCGGUUCUUUUUUAUCUGUCCGUUGUGAGCGAAUUUCCGAUAUAUCCGAGUCCGAUAUAUCCGAGGUUUACUGUAGUUUGUCUUGUAUCUAGUAUCUCAUCUUUCCACCUUGGAUACUAUCACAGUGUUUUCCAUACAUUUCAUUUUUGUACCUUAUUUUAUUACUUUUUUUUUAGAUUGUCGCUACUCUGUACAGUAGUAGUCUACCACGUAUGUCUACCACUGCACGCAAUGACAUUAAUACUCGUAAGUCAAUAACAUCAUGUUCUGUUGUUACUGUAAAUAAGAUUUAAAAACAUAAUGUUGCACAUUUCUUAUGACACAAACCAAAAAAACUCAAUUUUGCCCGUCCACACACAAACACAUUGAGUUUUGCAUCAUGGCGAAUGACGCCAAAAUAUCAUUUUUCGCCCCCCGAAAUGACAGGAAUAUCACAGAUAUUGCGUCACCGUUUUACUGUUAGAAUGAAGCGUCUGAUUGACGAUAUAAAAAUACUGCAACUGUCUUCAGAUAUCAAUGUGUACUUAUAUAUACUAAUUAUAUUCCAGGCAUGUUUUUGUGUGCAUGUGUUGCAUACAACCAGCUUAAGGCUGGAUGGAGUCAUUAUUACACUACUGGAUAUUAUGGCUGUAUAUAUAUAUAUAUAUAUAUAGCCAUAUAUACUUAUGGCUGAUAUUGAAGCUGAUUGGGUCAUUUUAGUUUGUAUACAUUAAGUAUCCAAACACUUAUUCCACUUAUUAAUUAUAAAAAUAGGCCUAAACCGUUCUGCCAUCAUAAAACUUAAAUUAAUUGUACAAGCUGUUUUUAAGUUACAUUUUAAUUUUAUUAAAAGAGUUUAACACUGGUAAUUUUAAGAUGUAAAAAAUCAUUAAAACGAAUAAUACAACUUAAAUGACUUCAGUGACGGGCAAAGAUGGAGUCUUUCUCUCGUUCUUGUCGACUGGUUGUUUUUUUUUUUUUUGAUUCAGUGCUGCUGGAAAAAGCCAAAGAAAAAGCAAAACACACUCAAAUCGAGGUCUGAAAUUGACAUUUAAUUUUCACUAUUUCAAUUGCUGUACUUAUGCCCCUUUGUUCAAUCCUUUAUUAUGCCUGUUAAGCGUUUGAUUUUUCUUCGGGAAAGUCGCAUAGAUUUCCUGUAAUUUAACUUUUAUGAAGAAAAAGACAAGGCAGCACAGCUUCCCGUCUGUUCGCAACAAUCUGGAAACAUCGCCAUAACAUAUACUGUACCGGACAGGACCGGCAUUCAAAAUAAAAGCACAGUAGACGGGUUUAUUUUCAAUUGCUUACAUAGUACAGUAAACCUCGGAUAUAUCGGAUUCAAUUGUUCCCACUGGUUUUGUCCGAUAUAAGCGAAAUCCGUUAUAUGCGUAUACCGGAAAAUGUCCGUUUUACGCAUAUAUCGGAUUUAUAUCCGGUAUAUGCGUAAAUGGGAUUGUAUCCGUUAUAAAAAGGCACUUCCUUGACUAUGUUUCCAAUGUACCUGGACGCGCAGGCAACGCUGCAAACGCUGAAAAAUGACGUCGUAUAGCGGCCUGUCACGAUUCGGCGAAUCGGAGCGCCACGACGCGGCCAUCCGAUAUAUGCGAGGGAAAUUUAAUGGAAAUGCAUUGGAACGGGACUGGAGAUUUUGUCCGAAAUAGGCGAAAUCCGUUAUAAAAAAUCCGAUAUAUGCAAUGAAUUUUUAUUGGAAAUGCAUUACAGAAAAAUCGGUUCUUUUUUAUCUGUCCGUUGUGAGCGAAUUUCCGAUAUAUCCGAGGUUUACUGUAUCAGGACAUGUUGAGUUAUUCGGACGGAAAAAUCGAAUGCUGUAUUUUGCAAAACAUACUGGAAUUGAAAUCUUUGACCGUUUUCCGUUAAUGCACCGAUAUUUCAUUUUCAUGCAGUCACAUGACAUCUGCAGGCGGAUCAUCGUGAUUACACUUCUAGUUUUUCGGUUUAUUGACUGAGCAACUCUAGUAGACUCGACUUAAAGACUAAAGUUAUUUCUGGCUACUGUUUUGGCCUGAAACUUCCUCAAUCUGCUUUUGGUCCGUCAGCGUCUUGUCGGUAUAUUUGCUUUGUCAGUCCGACCCAUCAGCGUGACCCGCUUGUCUUUUUAAUUUGUCCAUGCAGCGUUUCAACUCAUACCCGCUCGUCCACUCUUCCUCAUUUAUGUAGUUUUUUUGUUUUGGCUCAAGCCUCGGGAAGAAAACAUGGUAGGAAAAAAGAAAAGUCUGGAAUUCUUACUCAUCUUGUACUAUGUAGGGAAUUUAUAUAACACUCCAGGAGCUUCGUUCUUGUGUCCUUUCGGCUGAGAUGAACUCUUUCUACGGUUAUUUUUGUUCGACAACCCACAACUAUGCCUGCUGGAGUCAGAAAGCUGCCAGUUUGUUUUAAAUUGCUGUACAGCACAAAUAACCAAAGCUAAGUCCUUCGGUGUCAUUUCUCCGAUACAGUAUAUGUAUUUGGCAGUACCGCUAGUAUGCUAUAUUGUUUUUCUUCUUUAUGUGUUGACUGAUAAUGUCGCUAGAAUUGGACGAGGAGGUGAAAUAUAACGCUGCGUCUCCAUUAGCCUCCCACAAAUGGCGGACAGGAUUGUUACGUUACCUCGGCCUGUCAACAGUCCUGUUGUUGUGAGCUUUGUGCAAGCAGACAAAAAGGGACCUGAAAGCGGACCGGGGUAUUUGGGUCUGUCCUGGACUGUCCAGGACUGUUAGUAUUGAUCCAGAGCCAGUAGCUGGUGUAGUAUAAAGGUACAGGUUUUUGACAUGCACUUUGAUCGUUGCUCUCUUUGGGUUCUACGAUGAUGGAAGUUAUUAUAGUUUAAGACUUUGACUGCCUUUCAAUAUUUUUAUGGUGUGCAAUUAAAAACGAUAUUGAUCAUACACAACCCCCAAUUUGCAAUGAAAGGGAAUUUUGUUUUUGUAUCUGUGACUCGAAAAUGAGUCAAGAAAGACUGUAAAAAAAACUGUAUGAAGACAAGGGCUGGUUUCAGGGGAGGUUCAGCAGCUUGAGAAAAACAAAGAGAAAAUAUUUUUACAGUGACAUACAGUGACAUACGGUUUUGGCUUACUUUUUACAUUUGAUGUUCUUCCUGAUGAAAAACUAGCUGGGAAUCGAACCCAUGCACUCUGCUUUUAUUCAUUUUUUCAUUCAUUUUCUACCGCUUAUCCUCACAAAUGUUGCUGGAGCCUAUCCCAGCCAAUCACAGGGCACAUAUAGACAAACAACCAUUCACACUCACAUUCAUACCUAUGGAUAAUUAGGAGUCGCUAAUUAACCUAGCAUGUUUUUGGAAUGUGGGAGGAAACCGGAGUACCCGGAGAAAACCCAAGCAUGCACGGGGAGAACAUGCAAACUCCACACAGAGAUAGCCGAGGGUGGAAUCAAACUCCGGUCUCCUAGCUGUGUGGCCUGCGCACUAACCACUUGAUCACCGUGCAGCCAAGUAACAUGACCAGUAUUCAUUCAUUCAUUCAUUUUGUACCGCUUAUACUCACAAGGGUCGCGGGGUAGCUGGAGCCUAUCCCAGCUGUCUUCGGGCAAGAGGCGGGGUACACCCUGGACUGGUGGCCAGCCAAUCACAGGGCACAUAUAGACAAACAACCAUUCACACUCACAUUCGUACCUAUGGACAAUUUGGAGUCGCAAAACCCACGCAUGCACGAACAUGCGAACAUGCAAAAAGGGUGGGAUUGAACUCGGGUGUCCUCGCUGUGAGGUCUGCGCGCUAACCACUCGACCACCGUGCAGCCCAACUAAAAAACUACAAAAUAUUAAUUUUUAUGACUGUCAAUCACAACUGAUUACAGUCUUUAGCCACUUUAUUGUGUGACGUCGAGCUACCCAUCCCCUUUAGAGUCUAACUCUGAAAACCAUGACUGACUUUUGGGCCUAAAUUCAUAAAAAAAACAAUGCAAUCAUUUUCUUUUCAAGAUGAAUCAGAUUGUAUGAGUUGAUGCUAAUAUAGGCCAAGCAUACAUGAUUAUUGAAGCACAAUAGAUUUUUAUUUUAUUUCAUAAGUGGAGGUGUUUCAGACCUCACAGUGUUGCAUUUUAUUAUUAUUUUUUUUUCAAAUAAGCAACAUAGGCUUGAUGGAGAAGUCUUUUUUCCCCACAAAUAGCCAUAAAUAUGUAACAUUUAAUUAUUAUUUAAUGAAAGAAAAAAAUGUUUCCCUUUGUUUUUAUGCUGUAUAUUUUCCUUUAUUGUCCAUGAUUGUGAUUGAAUGAUUUCAAGACUGUAAUAGAAAAUAUAGUUUCUAUGUUGUAGUGAAGCUGCUAUGAAUGUGAACGUGUAACGGAGAAAUAAAUGCAAUGACAAUGCAACGUC